AAUUUUAUUAUUUUUCCAACACUUCGAAAACACACGACUUUAUCUUACAAAAAGAUGUCCUCAAGGCAAGGAUUUAAAUUUGUUCCCCAGCUUCUAAAUGUUGACAGGAACAAAGGUCAAAAAGUAAAGAGGAAAAAAUUUACUCUAGUAUUUGAUGAAGAAAAACGAAAAUGUCUUUUAAAUUCAGCUAAAGAAAAUUUAAAGAAACUAGUAUCUCAACGUGACAUACCUGAGUUAGAAGAACUGGUCGCUCAAACUGAACACAAAUAUGAGAUGCAGGGAAAAACAGUUAGUAUAUUGGAACUGGAUGUAAAUCAAUUGAGACAAAGUGAUAAUUGGAUAGGAGAAAAUAAGCCAACUUAUGAAAAAGAUGUAAUUGAUAAUGAUGAUAGUGAUGAUGAAGAAUCUACUACGGUCCCCGGUAUGGAACUUAAGACUAAACCUAAAUUUGUUGAGGAACAAAGUGAUGGGUUACAUCUAACGAAAAAAGAAUUAUCGCGAGUAGUACAAAAAGAAACAUUACAAAAAAUGAAAAAAAAUGUAAUAUUUCAACGAAAACAAAAAAUACUUCGAUCUAAAAACAGAAAAAUGGCAAUAAGAGAGAAAAUUAGAAAAGAACGAUUAAGCGAGCGCGUAAAAGGCAGGCCCGUAAAAGGUAAAAAAAAGAACAAAAAAUCCUCGCGAAGUAAAGAAUAA